AUGUCAAUGUCAUCCUUGCGUGUAGCCUUGGGCUCAAAGAGCAGCUUGUCGGACCAAAGCAUUGCGGCAGAUGAGAUGGUCCUUACAUGCAAAGGCGGCAGAGGUGGCAUGGCCUUCCUCCUAGCUUGGACCGCAAUGUUGGCUUGCGUGCAUGGCAAAGAGCCGCAGAAUGCAGAUGUCAACACCUGCCACAGCAAGACAUGCAGUCGCAACAAUGGCACCGUGGACGACACAGCGUUGUUGCAAAGCAAGCUGGGCAGAGGUUCUCUGCAGGCCGAGCGCCGUCCGCGCCGCCGUCGGUCAAGGCUGUGGCGUGGGCGCCGGCAAUAUAGCUACUACCAGCCAGCACCCGUGUCAACAACUUCAACGAGCUCCGAGGCAUCCCUGUCAACGACUUCAACAAGCUCGGAGGCGCCCGUUGUGCCAACCACCACGACAGCAACACCUGCUCCCCCCAUGUGGACGCUGGGUGAACUCCAUGACACCUGCAAUGACUACUGCCAGUUUCUCGGCUAUUCUGGCUGUGAUCUGGCCGAGAUGGAGACCGUAGAUACGGAGGAGGAGCUUGCGGUCGAGAUGCAGAACUUGGGAAAAACCUGCCUUGUCAAUGGCAGCAUCUGGAAUGAAAUCGCAACCUAUGCGCCAGGGCCGUCAGGGUGCUACCUGAACAAGCCCGCACUGGACUGCGACUCGAACAGGCAGGAAAAGCAUCAACCCUUAUGCUACUGCAUUGGCACGACGACGACAACAACACCAGUUGGAUGGGUCUUCGGCGAACUACACGACACCUGCAAUGACUACUGCCAGUACACUGGGUAUGCUGGUUGUGACUUCGACAGGAUUGUGGAGAUCAAUCGGAUCCCACGCGCUCGGCGCCUGUUGGAGAGCCUGAACUACACGUGCGAUGUGAGCGAUGGAGACUGGAACAACGUGCCCACUUACAGACCAGAUUUGGGUGGAUGCUACUACAAUCGAAAUCCCUUAAGUUGUGACGCGAACAGGAGGGAGGAAAAUCAGCCGGUGUGCGCGUGCAAUGGCACAGCUCCACCCCCGUCUCCACCUGUUGGAUGGGUCUUGGGCGAACUCCACGACACCUGCAAUGACUACUGCCAGUACACUGGGUAUGCUGGUUGUGACUUCGACAGGAUUGUGGAGAUCAAUCGGAUCCCACGCGCUCGGCGCCUGUUGGAGAGCCUGAACUACACGUGUGAUGUGAGUGAGGGAGACUGGAACAACGUGUCCACAUACAGACCAGAUCUGGGCGGAUGCUACUACAAUCGACUUCCUCUAAGUUGUGAUGCGAACGGGAGGGAGGAAAAUCAGCCCGUGUGCGCGUGCAAUGGCACAGCUCCACCCCCGUCUCCACCUGUUGGAUGGGUCUUGGGCGAACUACACGACACCUGCAAUGACUACUGCCAGUACACUGGGUAUGCUGGUUGCGACUUCGACAGGAUUGUGGAGAUCAAUCGGAUCCCACGCGCUCGGCGCCUGUUGGAGAGCCUGAACUACACGUGUAACGCGAGCGAGACCUCCGGAGACUGGAACAACGUGCCCACUUACAGACCAGAUCUGGGUGGAUGCUACUACAAUCGAAAUGCCUUAAGUUGUGACGCGAACAGGAGGGAGGAAAAUCAGCCGGUGUGCGCGUGCAAGGGCACUGCUCCAUCCCCGUCUCCACCAGUCGGAUGGGUCUUGGGCGAACUCCACGACACCUGCAAUGACUACUGCCGGUACACUGGGUAUGCUGGUUGUGACUUCGACAGGAUUGUGGAGAUCAAUCGGAUCCCACGUGCUCGGCGCCUCUUGGAGAGCCUGAACUACACGUGUGAUGUGAGUGAGGGAGACUGGAACAACGUGCCCACUUACAGACCAGAUCUGGGUGGAUGCUACUACAAUCGAAAUGCCUUAAGUUGUGACGCGAACAGGAGGGAGGAAAAUCAGCCGGUGUGCGCGUGCAAUGGCACAGCUCCAUCUCCGACUCCAUUGGAUCCGAACUGGGUUUUGGGACCCCUUGGAGGCAACUGCGACGCCACCUGCGCCGGUUUAGGCAAAGCCUGCGAUGCCACCAGCAUCGGGGAGAUCAAUCGAAUCCCUAGGGCCAGGCGGCUGCUGCAGAAGAUGAACUACACAUGCGAUGUGAGCGGCGGGCAGUGGAACAAGCUGCCAACUUAUGAACCAGGUACGAACGGCUGCUACUACAACCGGAAUCCCGUUGACUGCUCCGUUGACGUUUCCGGCCACCUUCAGCCCCUCUGCUACUGUACGGUCUAG